UCACAACAGUAACACCGGACCGCAGUGCCGUGCCGCGCACUGCUUAGUUUUAACAGGAGACCUUGACUCCUACAUCAAUGUUUUCCGGGAUUUAAUUAGUUUAUCAAAACAUGAUCCACGCGUCUAUUUAAAAGGGACUAUUGCAGAAAGCCUCUGAAGAUGAAGCGCAUUUUCCUCGUGGAGCCAUUGGUUGCAAUGUACGCUUUCUCCUUUUUUCUCAUCUUGCCUCUCGUGCAGCAGUAUGUGUACCGGAGGUUCUGGCUGGAGGUGACAGGAACACCUUAUCCCAUCUCUGGCAACACCUCCAGAUGUAUGGAAAACAAUAACAGCAGCAGUAGCAACGAUUCCAGCUACCAUGAGGAGGUACAAAGGCUGGCAUCUCAGUUUUCAACUUACUCAGUGAUCGCCUCCACAAUCCCCUCUCUGAUUGUCACGCUCUUGCUCGUGACCCAUAGUGACCGAGGAGGACGCAAGAUCGCAAUCGUCAUGCCUUUGAUUGGCAGCGUGAUAUACACCCUGGGCUUACUCACUGUGUCCUACUUCGAGUUGAACGUCUACUUGCUAAUCCUCGUCUCGUUCAGCAGUUCUCUGUUUGGCGGCUUGGGCACAUUUCUCGGGGGCGUUUUUGCCUACAUCGCGGACUUGACCAAGGGGGACCGCGAGAAGACUCUGCGCAUGGGGGGAGUGGAAACGAUGAUUGGCCUGUUUUCUGGGGUCGCUUCUAUAUGCACAGGCUACUUCCUGAACGCUGCAGGCUUCAAUUGGCCUUUCCUAACCUCGGUGAUAUUCCAGUGUUUGAACCUCGCCUAUGCAAUUUUUGUCCUUGAAGAGACCGUGACGCCGUCCCCCUCGGAUUUUGUUCCUAUAAAUGGGUCUCCUCAGCGCUCGGUCUGGAAGCAAAUUAUCUAUGGGGUCUACGACAUGUUUACAAGGGCGCGCGGCGGGGGUCAGAAAAUAUUGGUCCUCCUGACAAUCAUCUUCAUCAGUUUCGCAAUCGCCUAUUUGGGUGCGCUUUCCCUGGUGACGCUAUAUGAGCUGAAUGAGCCGCUCUGCUGGGAUGCGAUUUUGAUCGGCUACGGCGCCGCACUUUCCACCACAGCGUUCAUUACCAGUUAUUUGGGACUGGCAGUACUCACGUGCUGCCAUGUGCCACAGCUGGUCAUCGUCGCGCUGGGGAUCCUCUCCGCCACGGCAGGCUUGAUCACGUUGGCCUUUGCUAAGACGACUUUCCUGAUGUUCAUGGUGAGGGGGCCAAUGCUUCUGGGCAUGAUGCCUUUUCCCGUUCUGCGCGCCAUGUUGUCGAAGAUUGUUUCAACGUCUGAGCAGGGAGCCUUGUUUGCAGCGAUUUCCUUCCUGGAAAAUCUGACCACUAAUGUAGCGACUGCAGUUUUCUACAGCAUCUAUUCGGCUACGCUGGAUUGGUGCCCUGGCUUCCUCUUCCUAUUGUCUGCAGGACUCUGCACCAUCCCCUUGAUUUUUGUGGGGUUGGUGAGUUGGAUAGGAGUGGAUGUUGCCGAGGAGGUCGUAGUGCAAGAGGCUGUUGAAGAGGAUCUUGUUGAAGAACGGGAAGACAACGGCUCUUAGUGGAGCCACUGCCCCCCAGAACCUCACCAACAAAUAAUUUUCCCUUUAGGGAUUUAUUUUUCCAUCAAGGUACUUCAUGGACUGUUAAUACAGUUUACAGAAUAUUUUAGUCUGCCCUUGCUGUUACAUUUUUAUUACAAUGAAACAAUUUUUUAAAUUUGGUUUGGAUUUAGAGCAGGGACAGGAUGUUGCGUGAUGUGCUUCCAAAGUAAGGUCUUCCACGAAGACUGGUAUAAAUCCUUGCAGGUUUAUAACCCCCAAAUAGACUGACUGGGAAAUGACAAAACCAAUUUAAAUUGGUGUUUUACAAUGACAUUAUGUGCACUUUUUAAAUUAUUUUUUUUCUAUCUGUCCUACAUUUUUAUUGCAAUGUUUGUCAAUGCCUUCACAUGAAGCUCUGUGGGAGGUGAAUAGUAUAGAUUUCAAGUAACUGGGGGAACGAGAAUAGAAAUGUAUAUAAUGCACAAUGAAGGUGGUUUAUUAAAUGGGACAGAAAUGGUAAUGAAUCCUAAACUGAGUGAGUUAAAGCACAGGGAAACUCUAGGUAUGAUAUGUUGGUGUUUCACCCAGGGAAGUGUUGUGUAACUAAAUUCCAAAUGUUCUAUCACAAAGGUAUAUUUGCAAACGGGGAAUGUGUGGGUUGUUUUUUUUUGGGGG